AUGGUGCCAAGAAAGAACAUAAUUUCAGAUAUAUUUGAAUUCAUAAUUUUAUUUUUAGGUUAUGGACUUUGGAUAAAUUCAUAUGUUAACAUCAAGCAAGUUCCAUUUAUUCCUAAUAACUAUACUAGUUCCUCUCCAGUUGCUCAGGGUGCAUAUUCUAUUUUCACUUUCAUUAUUAUUUUGCAGGUCAUUAUUCCGUUAUCUCUGUAUGUAACAAUAGAAAUCAUUAAGCUUGGACAAAUAUAUUUUAUUCAUGAAGAUGUUGAACUUUAUGAUGAAAUAUCAAAUAAAAGAGUAGAAUGCCGAGCAUUGAAUAUACCUGAAGAAUUAGGUCAAGUACAGUAUGUAUUUUCUGAUAAGACUGGUACUCUUACAGAAAAUUGUAUGAUUUUUCGUCGAUGUACUAUUGGAGGAAUAGAUUAUAACCAUCAUCCAACUAAUGUAAAAGGUUGUCACAUAUUUUUCCCCAAAUAAUAUUUUAAUUUUUGCUAUAUUUUGAUUUUUUUUU